AUGACCGAACUAACAAUUGAAAUACAUGUUUUCAUGAAGGGACCAUUCCAGCCAAUGAGUGUUCAGAUACGCGUGUGAAAAACUGGCAAAACUAUGUCGUUUUUCUCAAAGUGGCUGGAAUGCCACGUACAUCCACUUAUGUCAGUUCAUUUGUAAUAGUCUAAACAUUACGAAACUAUUAUUCGAUCAGGCCUCACGUAAUUCGUAAAUCUCAUAUACAAAAAAACCCUUUCGCUUUCGCCUCCUCUCUGGUGGAACUGAAUCAUUCAGUCUUGUUUUAUUAUCUGAUUGGCUUCUGUGUUUCAAAAUGCAAAGUCCCGCGCACUAAUAAUAUGUCAUGAUUGGUUUAUCUUUCUUUCUUUUCUAGUCGGCCGCAUCCGGUAUGAAUGACGCCGCCGCGGAUACAAAAAAAGAGAAAGGGAAAAAAGCUAGGAGAAUUGCUAGCUAAGACCAGCGUUAAAUAUUUUACUCGUUUUUAUAUUUUGCGAAACCAUUAUCAGCUGUUUUGACUGCCGAUGUUAACUAACUUAUGUUAGCUAGCCAACAGAAAGAGAUGAUCGAUAUUUGAGAACAUUUACCUGUUUUAUUUAGCGUUAGCCUAGCUAACUAUUAUUAGCUAGUUGGCUAGCUACAUGCUUAGCUAAAUAGCUACGGAGGAAAUAGUUAAGACGGCACGCUGUCUAGGUGACUACAUAUUUCACUAUUUGUUUUCAUCUGUGACUUUUUGUUAAUAUUGGUGAGAAUGGCAACAACGGCCCUCUACGCGUGUACGAAGUGUAACCAGCGGUAUCCGUUCGAAGAACUGUCGCAGGGACAGCAGCUGUGCAAGGAGUGUCGCAUCGCUCAUCCCAUCGUCAAGUGCACAUACUGCAGAUCAGAGUUUCAGCAGGAGAGCAAAACAAACACCAUUUGCAAGAAGUGUGCCCAGAAUGUAAAGCAGUUUGGGACACCCAAACCCUGCCAAUACUGUAACAUCAUUGCUGCUUUCAUCGGGACAAAGUGUCAGCGUUGCACCAACUCAGAGAAGAAGUAUGGCCCUCCACAGACCUGCGAGCAGUGCAAACAACAGUGCGCAUUUGACCGCAAGGAGGAGGGCAGGAGAAAGGUGGAUGGGAAACUGCUGUGCUGGCUGUGCACUCUGUCCUACCGACGUGUACUGCAAAAGACCAAGGAGCAGAGGAAAGGCUUCAGCUCCUCCCACUCCAACUCCUCGCUCAAUGAGAAGGACCACCACUCCAGACAGCACCACCAGCAGCAAAGACACAGCAGCUCACACAAACUCAGUGGGAGCUUAAGUCCAGAGCAGGAGCAGGGAAUGUGGAAGCAGAGCCAUAAAUCGUCUUCGAUCCAGAAGGAUACCCCAAAGAAGAAACCAAAACUGGAGAUGAAGCCAUCCAACGGGGACAGGUACGAGAGGAGUUUCAAUCAGAUUAGUUCAAUCACCCAAUCUAUGGAUUCUGGAGGAACGGACAACUUCAUUCUGAUCAGCCAGCUGAAAGAGGAAGUGAUGUCAUUAAAGAGAAUGCUUCAGCAGAGGGAUCAGACAAUGCUUGAGAAGGACCGAAAGCUCACAGAGCUCAAGGCGGACUUCCAGUACCAGGAAUCCAACAUGAGGGUGAAGAUGAACAACAUGGAGAAGGCACACAAAGAGUCCAUGGAACAGCAACAGGCCAAAAAUCGGGAUCUGCUAAAACAAGUGGCCGCGCUCUCAAAGGGCAAGAAGUUUGACAGAACAGGGAGUUCACUGCUGUUACCGUAACGACAAGCCCACCCAACCACAGCUUGGAGGGACUUUGUUGUUUUAACACUGUGAAAGGCUGAUGCCAUUCAACCUUUCCCCUCUCCUUUCUGUUUUCUCAAUUUUGAUUCUUCUCAGUUUUCUUCAUUGGAAAACCUGGUGAACAUGCUGUACAUGGAAAUUGUCUUUCAUGUUGACAUGACAAUAAGAAUGCGUCCUCAUGUUUUGACCCCAAGUUAAAAAUGUUUUAUCUGGAUGGAGGGAGGAGAGAGCCUCGUUAACACUGCCUGGGUCCAGCAACAUGGUUUGCGCAAGGUGGAAAAGAUUGCCAACAUCAAAGAACCAAGUUGAUUUUUAUAGAUGUCAUGGAAUUAUUUAUUCAAUUGUCUUUCUUAGUGUUUUCUCACCACAUACUCUGAGCAUUUCCCAGGGUUUGGGGGAUUUUUGUCUUCAACAGCAACUUUCUCUGCAACAUAUUAGUUAUAUUUUUCUAAUUGGACAUAAUUAUGGAAUAGGUUCUCUCCUCAUUGGAGAGACCCUUCUCAACUUACUAUGUAUGCAAAUGUUAAAAUAGUGUCCAACCACAGCGUUGCUGGCCAGCAGCGGAGACUUCUCUCGGCGUUAAAGUCUAAAAACCAUUAACUCUUUGAGAGAUUUUUAAACCUUGUUAUUUAGAGACCCCUCCCGGCUGCCCUCUUUCUCACUGUGACAGCUGUAGUGCUUUGCUGUUUCUCUGUAGUGGAACGAUUGUAAUACUGCAUGACUUAGUGCCAUAUACAGGUUGGCAUUGGGGUCUCAUGUACUUUUAGACUUUUGUCCUUUUUUUAUCACAUGUAAAGGUAUUACAGGGGUCAGCCUAUGUAUUUAAAAUGUGUAACUUGUAUCGGUUUUAGUGAGUAUGUGUAGGCUGGGUAAUUAUAUGUAGAAUAUGGUUUUUAAAGGAACACAACUUUCACUUUACAGCUCUGGACCAAACUGGUUUCAUACUGUGGCGUACAGAUCACUUUUGUACUUUUUUUCCAAACCCAAUGUUUAAAAAAAUAUAUUAAAUCUGGUUAAACAUG